CGUAACUGAGGCACCAGGCCCGGCACUAGCACCCCAGAAAGACAGCCUCGCUGGAAACCGAGUACCACGCACUGAGGUCCUAGGUUCCAGGAACAGGAAAAAAAUUCCUACUUUUAUGUUCAACGGGUAUUUUUUUGUUCUGGGCAGCGUUUUUGUUUUUUGUUUUCUGUUUUGCCUGUGGGAAUACAGAAUAGAGUUAGAAGGAACAGCGCGGUGCUGAGGGCACUCACCACUCGGGCGGAGCUGACAGGAUUACUGAUAGAACCAUCACAGUGCACUUGGUAGAAAAUAAGACGAAAGUGUAUUGCAGUAUUGUGAAAACGGUUGGGGAGCCAGUCAGUCCUGCUCAGGAAUGUCAGGUUUUUUUCUGCAAUACAGUGGAUACAAUUUGUUAUGGCUACUCUGAGUGUUAUAGGUUCAAGUUCACUUAUUGCCUAUGCUGUAUUCCAGAAUAUACAGAAAUCUCCAGAGAUAAGGCCGCUCUUUUAUCUGAGCUUCUCUGACCUCUUCCUGGGGAUAUGCUGGCUCAUUGAGGUGCUUCUUUAUGGAACCUCAGCAGUCAAUAAGGACACUGUCUGCUAUAACCUGCAAGCAGUUGGACAGAUAUUCUACAUUUCCUCAUUUUUCUACACUGUCAAUUACAUCUGGUAUUUGUACAAAGAACUGAGGAUGAAACACAACCAGAGAGGACAGAGCACCUCUUCCCUGGUGAGAGAUUACACUUGUCACCUUGGUCAAAUAGCGAUCAUUUUGUCAAGCUUGAUACCUCUACUUCUGAUGAUACCUGUAUUCUGUGUGGGCAAUGCCAAUGAAUGUUUUCACAAUUUCAGUCAGAGCCACAGGUGUAUCCUGAUGCACUCACCACCAUCACCAAUGGCCGAAUACCUGCCUUCUGCCAACACAUCAGUCUGUAGUACACUUUAUUUUUAUGGGCUUUCCAUUUUCCUGGCCAGCUUUCUACUCAGCCUCCUUACUAUUGUGGUCUUACUCAUCCAAGCCCAGACACUGUAUAAGAAGUUUGUGAAGUCUACUGGUUUUCUGGGAAGUGAGCAGUGGGCAGUGAUUCGCAUUGUGGAGCAACGAGUGCGCUUCUACCCAAUGGCCUUCUUUUGUUGCUGGGGUCCAGCUAUCAUUCUGAGCAUUGUAAAGCUGACUAAACCUAAGGACAGCAAGCUUCACAUGGCCCUGUAUGUUCUUCAGGAAACUCAACAGCUUUCUGGCCUACUACGUGAAGCAUCUCAAAUUCAUCUAUUGAGUCAAAUCCACAUACCCCGAGUGGAGAAAGAACACACUGAAGAAAGUUCCAAAGGAAUCAUGGGUAAUUCACACUCAGGCCACGGUAUGAAUAGCAGCAGGGGCCAUUUCCUUACUAAGCAGGUAUUCUCUUCAUAUUCACAAUUUAGUAACAGCCUUGCACUGUAAAGGCUCUGGAAACGGUAUUUAACAGCCUGCAACCCAAUCCUGACCCUGUCCACACUGCUUACUCUCCAUCGUCUAUUCCUAUGCCCUCCUUGAUAAACUAAGAGAGGGCCUCUCCAGUGGCACAGAG